AACUUAUGCUAGAAGACGCGGCGUGCAGCUCGAGCUGUAAAAAAGCCUCAGUCAGUGGAAUAAAAAAAAAAACGCAAAGUAAGUCUAAUGUUGCUUAUUUGUCCUGUCAUCCGGAUGAACUUUCUGAAUUAUGGAGCGACUCGACGACAUGCGACUUUUGACAGGAGCGGAGCGUAAUAACAGGUCGUAAUGCCGCACAAUUGGACGACACCUAACAGGUGCUACUCAAACAUUUCUGAUUUUAAAUACAGACGACAUAUGAGCUGACAUCAUAUAUGCUAUUUUUGAGGGAAACCAACACGUCGUAGUUCUUUAUUACUGGAUUGAACAUGUAAGGUUUGUUGUUAUAUGUUUGCUCGACCGAAAGAGGGAAAAGACCUGGGAUUUGUGUUGGGAGAGAUUACAAGAAAUACAAGGUGAUCCAGUGAUCUUGUUACCAGAGACUUUUUCCCCAUCAUCAUGAAUUUGACUUCUUUUGGAUACUGAUGGGUGUUUGUGCCACCGCUCCUAAGAGCCUCUACUACCAUGGGAUGUGUGCAGAGUGUCAAACUCAAGCCAAGUUUUCAUGAGAACAUCACAGUCCUGGAGCUGCAAGCCUCCAUCGAUCCCAGUCCGACGGUCCUGGAUGAGUCCUCAAACGUGGUUCUGCGGUACCGCACGCCUUACUUCAGGGCAUCCGCUCAGGUGCAGGUGCCACCGAUGCUUUGCAAAGAGAUCUGGACUGUUGGAUGGAUUCAGGCUUGCAAUCAGAUGGACUUCUUCAAUAUAUAUGGAAACGAAGGAGUAUCCAGCUGGGAGCUGCCAGAGUUGAGAUGUGGGCAAAUACAGGCCAUCAGUGAUUCGGAUGGCGUGAACUACCCCUGGUACGGCUGCACCACUGAGAUGUACACCAUAGUGGGUCCCACCAAAAAGAGCACCAAACUCACUGUCAGCAUGAACGACAACUUCUGCCCGAGUGUGACGUGGAGUGUCCCGGUGGGCACCACCAGCAGCCCUCCUCUUCUGAGUGCCAUUCAGAGGGACCAGCGCUUCACUACCUGGCUGGUGGCUAUGAACGAAACCACAGCUGAGAUGGUGCUGCUCCGGACCAUCCGCUGGAGGAUGCAGAUCUGCGUUAAAGUGGACCCCAAGAGGCCUCUGGGUCAAAGAGCCACAGUCGUGGAGCCACUGGUCCAGGAACAGCCUCAAGUUCAAACUCACAAUGAACCCAUCCCAAUCAAUGCCUUGGUUAAGCCUAACGCCAACGAUGCCCAGGUUCUGAUGUGGCGGCCUAGAAACGGGGAGCCCAUUAUGGUCAUUCCCCCGAAAUAUUGAUCCCAUGAAGGAUUUUUCCUUCCAACUUGAACCGAAAUGAUUUGACAUGAAUAAAAAUAGGUGAAUUUGG